AUGGACGACCUCACCCCUUCGGACCUCUUCUCACCGAGCAAGGCUCGUGCCCAGCGGGCUCUUACUCAAGACUGGGCCCAGAUUGAGUCCUGGCUGUCCUACAAAUACGCAGGCCGAGCGAUCCCUACCUUCGAACGCAACGAGGAGACCUUGAAAGUUCUACGGGAGCUGUCUACUGCGAAUGAACGUGCAGAUGAAGAUAGAACCAUGAUUGAGAGACUGGAGAGAGAGGCAUUAAAGGUGUUGGAUGAGUCGAGCACAAACGAGGACGAGAACCCCAUGAAGAAAGCUUUAAUCGACAAUCUUACUCCCGCCGGUGCCGACGCUUUGACAGCCUUGACCUCUACAGCUACAACACUUGAUGCCACUGGACUGGAUACUCUUAGCAUGGCUCAUUCGAUUAUACACCUUACAUCCAGCGCACAACAGAUAUCGAACAAUCUCGCACACAUCCAGACUCUCCAGGGAUAUCUUCAAAAACAGCACUCCCUCCUCCGCGAUCAACUCGCCUUACUUCAGACCGAUCCCGCGUUCGGCGCACCGCCCACGUUGCACCGACAAACAACCGAACAAGUUCGACAAAUGAAACAUGUAAAGGCGAAGAUACGGGAAUACGAAGACAGAUUCUCUUCAUUGCAGUCAUUGCAAAAUCGGAGUUUGAAGAGGAUAGGGGAUGCUAGUUCUGCUGAAGCAAUGGCGGACACGCUGGAGCAACAGAAGGCUCUUCGGGAGCUGAGGACGGUAGUCGAAGACCUAGAGGCCAGAUUAGCUGUGUUUGCAGAGCUCCCAGCCGAUAAGGAGGCUGCGAGGCGAGAACUGGGCAGACUGGAGGUCGAGCUUGACGGACUGAGGAGAAGAAGAGAUGCAUUGUUUGAGAGCAUGGUGGGAAAUUGAUCAUGUCUUUAGGGAUGAAUUGCUCCAUGAAACGUUUUUGCAGAGCUAAUUGCUAUCUACUUGACUAUCCUAGCCUAUCAUGGUCGUGUGACGUGGGCUAUCGUUUCGAGCAUAAAGCAUCCUUUUACGAUUUGGACGCGGUACCUAUUCUGCGACCUCGAUCUAAUACAUCGGCUUUUAGCCUCUCCACCACGUUCCUACCAAGCCAGUUCAGCCUCCCUGUUCCUGUUUGUGCACAUCCCUCCGCCCACUCGAACAGGAGUCUUAGCUCCCAGAGCUCCUUCAACUUCCAGGUUUUCCCCAUCUCCUCUAGCACCAGUCGUGCA